ACGUUGUUUUAAAUGUUUCAAACUUCCAUCAAACCACACGUUAGAUUGACAUGUAAAAUCUGCAACGUUGAAUCGUCGCAAGUUACCUGAGGAACAUUCACGACAAUUGGAAUGCGUUACGCGAAAUGUCUCGGUUCUCUGAACGUUACUGCCUUGGUCUAUUAUUAUUACAUAUUCGGGAAUGUAAUCACCGCCGCCGACGACGAUUCCAACCGCAACUUUGAACGCAUGUACAAAUGGAGAAAUUUACAAGAAGGCUUUCAAGAGGCGAAAACGUGUAGGAAACCGAUAUUUCUGCUAAUUCACAAACUGGGCUGUCCGACUUGCGAGAAAUUGAAGCCCAAAUUCACCAACUCGAUCAGAAUCCUCAAUCUUAGCCAGCACUUUGUUAUGGUGGGUGUGAAGAAAGAUGAGAUUCCCGUUCAAGACGAAGCAAAAUUUCAACCGGAUGGAACCUACGUUCCAAGGAUCCUCUUCUUCACUCCAGAUGGCGAAUUUAUGAAAGAUAUUUAUAACCAUCAUCCAAAAGCUGAUGAUAAAUAUAAAUAUUUCUACAAUAGUACAAGUCAAAUAAUAGAUAGUAUGAUUUUGGCAUUGGAACGUUGUUCCGAAGAACGAUACUCUUGAUAAAACGGAAAAGAACCCACAGCGCGCGCACGUAACAAAGCUCUCUUGUACCCAGCAUUCGAGUCUGCGCCUGUACGUCAUCAGAUUCAGAGGACUGCAUCCAGAGUAUACGGUAGCCUAUAGCGAGAUCGCAGAGGUAGGCAUGACGGCGCUUGCGUUUGCAACAGUUGCCAGAAGGUAAAACGGCUUCGCAUUGGUCGACGAGAUCGUAACUACACAACCCCUCGUA